AGGAUCGAUGGGGUAGAAGAAGCCAUCUUUUGAUUGGACGAAGAAGAAGGAGGAGGAGGAUACGUUCUGUUUUCGUCUCGCUCCCUUAUCCCAUAUUUGCUGUUGCCUUUUGCAUCACCUGUAGAACUAAAAUGUAUCCAAGCUUUCCUCCGCGCUAUUUACCCAUGAAGACGAGAUCCCUUCCAGCAGACGCAGGCCUGUGCCCUGAAACGAAGCAUAGUUCAUCCGCAGGUUCUACAACGUCGAUGGUUCCUGGAAUCACUGGCACUUCCACAGCGCAGUCCAGGGGUGACAAUAGUGGAGAGAGCAGUCGUUCUACAGUCAGGCUGGAUGACGGUGAUGGAGAUGGUUAUCCGCGCGCCGGUCCGAAGCGUAGAGUCUUCAUCAUGGGCUCGGUGGUCGUGUUCCUUGCGUGCAUGCUAGCUGUGUUUGCAAGCACCUUACGUGUCGGCAUCGGAAGUGAGUCCCACAAGGAGCCCGCACGACCAUCGCCGAGGAGCUCUGUGAAGGAACCGUCCAGCUUACCGACGGCCGCCUCAAGGAAAACGUCCGACUUCUACUUCAAUAACACCUCCGCCACAUCAGAGACCAGUCGCAGGGCCGGCAACUUGUUUCACAUGGUUCUCAGCCGCACUUUGACUACAACAUCCCCACGCGUUACGGCUGGCCGCAAGUGGAACGUCUCAACGUGCUGGUCUGAAGCAUGUAUGGAGGAAGCCGCUUCCAUAAGAGCUGCGACCGAACUGGCGCUGGAUCCCUGCGACGACUUCUACGCGUACGCCUGUUCCCGCUGGACACAUGCAAGGCCCCUGCCCAGCGGGCAUGCCGUGUCGUCCGUGGACGACGACCUCCUCGAUGUUUUCACUUUGGACAUCUUCAAUGCUCUCACUAAGCCGUCCCCACAACCGGUAUACGAGCAACUGCGCUCGCUUCUUCUUUCUUGCGCCAUAUCGGGAGACGAAGAUUUCCGAGCAUUGGCAAGAAGUGCCCUCGUGACUGCGGGGCUGGACCGCUGGCCAUACGACGGUGCGGGAAAUUUUUCAAUCUCGGCAACAAUCGGCCGCAUGAUACGAGAUUUCUCGUUCGAUCCACUUUUCGGUUUGAGAGAGGUACCUGACCCGGCAUCGUCGACGGGAUUUCGAAGAGCGUACGCCUUUACGGGACCGGCCCCCAUUAUUAACGAGGGCUGGCAGGAUAACUGGGAUUAUACGUUCAUUCGUCUCGCUUACGAGGAGAUCGUUGAUGCUUUGGAUGAGAAGUCCCUCUAUGACCCACUUGAGACAGAGCGCCAACUUGUCUUGGCCGUGGACAAGACGCCAAAUGAUAUCGCUGUGAAACUUAGGAACUGCACGCGGUCGUCAGUCAGCGAGCUGCCAAAUUUGGAUUUCAUAUCAUGGGAUGAACUGUUCUCACAAUUGACAGCCGGGAAUCAGCUGGACAUAAACGAAACAACUGUGCUCCUGCCAGACCCAUCUCUUUUCAAAAGGUUCAAUGAAAGUAUGCUGCUGCGCGGGCAAUCGUCCAAAACUAAAAUGGCGAACUACUUGGGAUUUAGGAUUCUGCUUCUGUUAUCGCCCUUCGCCACAACAGCCGACGACGCGAACUCACCAGCUAGUCUUGCCUACGCGCGCCAUACCUCUUAUCCGUUCAGCUUAAACGAAUACGAAACGUGCAUUCGGUUUAUGGACAAGGUGGAACCAGUAAUUGCUAUGCGUCGCCUGCGAGAAGAUGCUCCACAAGUGGUCUCCAAACUCGGCGACCGACGAGACGUGAAUGACCUGGUCAAUUUUUUGCGCAAGGAACUUAAAGCGUGCCUAAUGUCCAGCUCCCUUUUGUUCACUGCAGUAACAGCGGACGUCGUCAGACGUCUUCUUGCAUUUCUGGACGACGUCGCGUGGCAAGUCUUUGAGCCGGAUCUUCUGGAACAUUCCUGGACCUUUAAGAAGCUGGUUGCAGCGUACACGCAGCUCAAGGCUUCGAAGACAGGACUGCUAGACUUCAUCCGGACAACGUCCCAGUUGAGGCGUGAAUCAACAAGCGACGUCUUAGCUGCACACUGGUGGGGCGGCAUUCUUCGUACCACAGCUAACCUUCCUUUUCCUUCCCGAGUUCUCGAGAUUCCCUUUCCUGUCUUCAACUUCCAGAAGAGCAGCGAUGUGUCCGUUAGACACUUGCGAAUCCCUCGUGUGGCUCCAAGGAUAUACCGCGCCGUGUACAAGGCCCUUUACGUUGCCAGCUCCAACAUGGCGCUCGAGAACGUCACAUGGAGUCCGUUACAGUUCUUCGAUGACACGGCGGACUGCCUGGCAGACCAGUACGCGGGCAUGCAGUGGAAGCAGGGAAACACGUCGGAUAGCGUUACCGCUACUCGGCGUUCUUACAGUGACCUGUUCGACGCUUUGGCUCUGGGGUCGGCAACUGACGCGUACAGCGCCUACGUUUCUGAGAAGCAGAAGACGUACCGGUUGAAUGGCCUCCAGUUGUACGACUCCACCCAGGUGUUUUUCAUCGAAUACGCUCGAAACCUUUGCGAGGUUAGCGAUCCAAGAUACGUGGAAGCCUUACUUCAGCGAAGCGAAGACUCCAGCAGUCCGGCCUGGUACACAGUAAAUGGUCCCCUCAUGAACACGUGGGAAUUCGCGAGGGCGUUCAGUUGCCGCUCUGGCACUUUUAUGAACCCGAUACACAAGUGUCCCCUCGUGCGAAAACGUCGAUAAAUUUUAUCGUAAUAAACUCCGUUCAAUAUGCUCA